CCUGUUUUUUGGGGUCGUUCUCUCCCCGUCUAGCUUUGCUCUGUGUUUUUGGAUUUUGGAUUGGAGAGGGUCGGGCAAGGUGAUGCCCUGGGGACAAGGUCGGGCUCGUCUUCUCUGUCCGCGGAGAAGAAGCACCGGUGGCUGAGCAACAGGCAGGUGGGUGAAAGGUUUCAGCCUUCUUUCGGUUUUCUCCGGAUUUUUGCCUCGGGUGUGGAGGUUUUGGGAUCGUUUGAAGCCAUUGGUCUUUUUCUUUGAGCGAAAUCAGCCAUUGGUCUUGUUUUUGGGCUUUUUUUGGGUGGUUGAGGAAUUUGGAUUCCGGGGAUGGUGUUUGCUUUCUUCCAUGAGUUUGGUAACCUGGUUUGGAGUUUCUUUUGGGGUUGGGUACUUCGGUGAAUAUGCGAUCCUAUAUUAAAGAUUUCUGCUUUAGUUUCGAGCAGUCUCUGUUUUGUUUUGGUUUGGCUUCAACUACUAUGCAAUGCUUCAGAGAAGAAAAGAAUGCAAUGCUUCGUUGUUAAGUUCUUUAAGUCUUUUCUAUUAGCAUUUAGAAACAGAGUAAUUUACCAUGGAAACUCUUCUGCAUUUAUCUUUUGUCUGAAGUGUAGGUGGGAGGAAACGAAAUCCAGAUUUCAAAAUUAAAUCUUUUUCAUCACUGUCACUAUCAUACCAGCCACGUUUCUUCCCUAUUUCAAAAUUAUGUACAGAGAUUUUUGUGGAUGAUGUGUUAAUUCUGUGGUUAGUUGACAUUGAAGCAUCAGAAACAAAAUAUAAUACAUUAUAAACUUGUCUCAACUGGCACUGCAAAGCAGCUGGGAAAAGCCAUACUACACGACUGAGGUUAGGUGACCCGGACCUGGACCCGACCCGGACUAGACCUCUUUUCGCUCUGUUCUUGCCUUCUCCCCCUCCGAGUCCGACUUCGCUGGAGCCUCCAUCCACCCGCCGCUAAUGGCGAAGACGAAGGCCCAAUUGAAAUCCUCGAGCAGCUCCAAGAAGAAGAAGAAGAGCGCCAGGAGCUUGCUCUCCGGUCCGGCGGCUGCCGCCAUGAAGGCAGCGAAGUGCGUCCGGGCGAACCCCUUCGAGACCAUCUGGUCUCGCCGCAAGUUCGACAUCCUCGGGAAGAAGCGCAAGGGAGAGGAGCGCCGCGUCGGCCUUGCCCGCUCUCUUGCCAUCCAAAAGAGAAAGAAGACUUUGCUGAAGGAGUAUGAAGAGAGUACCAAGUCAUCUAAGUUCCUGGAUAAGCGAAUUGGGGAAAAGGAUGACACACUCCAAGAAUUCGACAAGGCUGUCAUGCGUAUGCAACGUGAGCAUCAGUUGAAGUUGAAAAGAACAAGCAAAUAUAAUUUGUCUGAUGGCGAGGAAGAUGACUCUUUAAUUUCUCAAGUGGAUGACUUUGAGGACGAAAUACCUCCAGAUGAUGAUGAGGAUGCGUUUCUUGGGACAGAAAUGAGUGCAAACUCGUCAAAACACUUAAGUUUGCAUCUUAUGCCUGAUUCUUCAGAAACUAGCUUGCCAGAUGAAGAGGAAAAGGCCCAUAAAAGCAAGAAGCAAGUAAUGUUGGAGAUAAUUUCAAAGAGCAAAUAUUACAAGGCACAAAAGGCAAAUGAUAGGGAAGAAGAUGAACAUCUAACGGAAAAGCUUGACACAGACUUCACAUCCUUGGCCCAAACAGAUGCUCUACUGUCUCUAACGCAGCCAAGUAAGAUCAAUGCUCUAAAGGCUCUGCUGAAUAAGAGUGAUGGAAUACAGUCUUCUAAAGAAGCAUUUUCUGGUUCAGCAGACAAAGAAUCUUUCUUUAACAAGGAACAACCUGAUGCUUAUGACAAACUUGUCAAAGAGCUGGUGUUGGACAGGCGAGCUCAGCCAUCAGACAGGACGAAGACUCCAGAAGAAAUAGCCCAAGAAGAAAGAGAACGGCUUGAAAAACUGGAGGAGAAACGUCAAAAAAGGAUGCUUGCUACUGAUGAUACCUCUGAUGAAGACAGUGAUGAUGGUGAGAAUCGCCAUGAACCGGCAUUGAAGAAUUUCAGAGCUGUUUCUGGUGAUGACCUUGGAGACUCUUUUUCAAUGGACGAGAGUAUUGCAAAUAAAAGCGGCUGGGUCGAUGAUAUUUAUGAAAACCAGGAUGUUGAUGAUCAUGACCAAAAUGAAACAAACUCUGAGGAUUCAGAAAGAAAUGGCCACGAAGGAAGUGAUGAUGAUGAUGGUGAGGGUAAUGAGAAUGACACCAGUUGUAAUGACUUUCAAAGUAUGUCCACCAUGAAAGAUUGGGAGCAAAGCGAUGAUGAUGAUCUGGAUUUGGAUGGAGAAGAAGCAGAGGGCCCUGAUGAGGAACAUACGGACAUCAAUAACAAAAUGAGCAUGGACAUGCAGAAACAAGGCCCAUUAAAAUCUCAUAAGUCUAAUGCUAUGGACAAACUGACUCCAUCUGGACUGGAGGCACUUCCGUUUGUGAUUGAAGCUCCAAACAACCUGACAGAGUUAUGUUCAUUGCUGGACAACCGUUCGGAUACUGAAGUAAUUGAGGCUAUUAAUCGAAUUCGAGCAUGCAAUUCCAUAAGACUUGCAGCAGAAAAUCGGAAGAAGAUGCAAGUCUUUUAUGGUGUUCUCUUGCAGUAUUUUGCAGUCUUAGCUACCCGAAGUCCUUUAAACAUUAAGAUAAUCAAUUCACUUGUUAGACCAUUAAUAGAGAUGAGCGUGGAGACUCCAUAUUUUGCAGCCAUUUGUGCCAGGCAACGGCUAAUACACAUCCGGACUCGAUUCUGUGAGGAUAUCAAAAUCCCAGGGAAAAGCAGCUGGCCAACUUUAAAGACUUUGCUUCUGUUGAGAUUGUGGUCACUGAUAUUUCCAUGUUCUGACUUCCGCCAUGUUGUUAUGACACCUGCACUCCUAUUGAUGUGCGAGUAUCUGAUGCGUUGUCCCAUAGAAUCUGGUAGAGAUGUUGCUGUUGGAUCUUUUUUAUGUUCCAUGGUGUUCUCGGUUACUAAGCAAUCUCGGAAGCUCUUCCCUGAGGCUAUAGUAUUUUUGCAAACUCUCCUAAUGUCUUCUAUAGGGUUAGAGUUUGGACUGCAACAUCAUUCUAAGCAGUUCAUCCAUCUUAAGGAAAUUAAAGGACUGAAACCCUGGCUCAGUAUACGUGAUCAAGUGUGUGAUGUACAUCCCAUUGAUUUCCUCAAGGUCAUGGACAUGCAAGCAGACUCUCCUUUUUUUACCUCUGAUAACUUCAAGGCCAGUAUUCUACUGUCUGUGGCUGAAACAUUGAAAGGCUUUAUCAACGUUUAUGAAGAAUUAAGCUCCUUUCCAGAAAUAUUCCUGCCAAUUUCUGCAUUGCUGCAUGAAUUGCUUCAGAAAGCUAAGUUACCAGGCAUUUUACGAGGCAAUAUGGAAGAUGUUAUUGACUUAAUUAAGAAGAAAACUGAUAACCAUCAUGUGCUGAGGCAACCACUCCAAAUGCGAAAGCAAAAGCGAGUGCCAAUCAAAUUGCUGAAUCCAAAAUUUGAGGAGAACUUUGUAAAGGGUAGAGAUUAUGAUCCAGACCGAGAAAGAGCAGAGAGGAAAAAGAUGAAAAAACGAUUAAAGAGUGAAAAGAAAGGAGCAAUACGUGAACUACGUAAAGAUAAUCAUUUCAUAUUUGAAUUGAAAGAGAGAGAUAGGAUGUUGGAGGAAGAAGAAAGAGCAGAAAGGUAUGGGAAGGCAAUGGCUUUCCUUCAAGAACAAGAGCAUGCUUUCAAAUCUGGACAAUUAGGAAAAGGAAGGAAGAGGAGGAAAUGAAGCUCAACCUGGAUUUGCUCUGCUGUACAUACUCUGGAUCAUUUUAUCAUGUUGCCAAGCUUUCUAAAGAUUUUGCAGGGUGUAUGUCAGAAAAUAUGGUAUUACGGCAGAAGGAAACUACAUGCAUCAACAUGAUAUACAGGUUUCCCAGAGAUUGAGGGGAUCAACAAAUUGCUGAUCUUCCGGUCUGACUUCCUCAAGAACUCAGCAGCUCUCAGUAAAAUGUGACUAAUUCAAUUCUUCCGUCACCUGUUCCAAUCUAUGCUUGAGUUAAUUGCCAUCAUGGGCUACAUUUCAGAUACGGUUGUCUCUUGGGAUAAUUUUAUAUUUAAUAUUUAAUAUUUUGUAUUUGCUGUCAUCUAUCUGCUUAUUAGGGAUUAGAUGACAAGAAUAUGCUCAUGGUGGAAAUAAGUUUUUCUGGUCAGAUUAUGAUGUUGAAAUUUAAUGAAUGCCUUAGAUUUCUGAAGGGGAAUUUUAGCGGACAAAGCAAAUGGAUGCUUGAGAAAAACCUGUCAUAUCUGGAAUAGAGAAUUGUAACAAGUUCAUUCGAAUGCGCUUGCGUUUUCUUCUUA